CUUCGCAUUCGCUUCGCGCUCUCCUAUGGAAGAACUCACCCGAAGUUUGGUGAACGACGUCGAGGUACUGAGCGACCACCUUGCUUCCACUGGUCAUCCCCUGCCUUCAUUCGAUCGCCAUACACCCAUAGUUGUGCUGCCCAAUGGCGCCUCACCGGAUGCCCAUGCUGCAAGAGAGCGAAUCCUGGAUAAUGCCUUGCACCUCUUUCAGCUUGCCGCAGGACCGAGUGCGUAUUUGUUGAAUUUGCAGACAGGGUAUCACUAUGCAUCUUGCGUACGAUGGUUAUGUCACUUUCGGAUCUUCCACCUAGUGCCUUUAGAGGGCUCCAUUGCUUACGCCGACCUUGCCAUCCUUGCCAAGGCACCUGAGUGUCAACUCAGAAGUGUCGUUCGCAUGGCUAUGACAAGUGGUCUUUUCCUCGAAAGCCCAUCGCAGCACGUGUCACACUCCGCCACAUCUGCUUUGCUGCGCAAUGAUGCCGAUUUCCAUGAUUGGGCUGUCACCAUGAGUGACCUAUCCGUUCCGGCUGCCUUUGCAAUGGUCGAGGCGCAUGAACGGUGGCCGGAUAGUGUUGAAGGAAGCCACACGGCGUAUAAUAUCGCAGUUGACACUGAAUUACCCUUCUUUCAGCAUUUGGCUGAACAUCCAGAUCGAAAACGGCAAUUUGCUGGCUUUAUGCGCAGCAUGGCGCGCAGCCAAGGAACAGAGGCCGAGAAGCUCGCGGAAGGAUGGGACUGGACCGCCCUUGGACAAGCCUGUGUAGUCGACGUGGGUGGGUCCACCGGUCAUACUUCGGUUGCGCUGGCCCGCAAGUUUCCUGACUUGAACUUCGUUGUGGAGGACUUGCCUGAGGUAGUGGCUGAGGGCCCUGAGUAUCUCUCCUCCCUGAAUGAUACCCAGGACCUGAGGCCGCGCAUUUCGUAUCGGGCACAUAGCUUUUUUGAUCCGCAACCCGUGCAAGACGCUGAUGUAUACAUGCUGCGGAUGAUACUGCACAAUUGGUCGUUCGCUGACUGUGUGCGGAUACUGUCACGUCUUGUCCAGACAUUGAAGCCUGGUGCACGUAUUCUCAUUGUCGAUAUUGUGUUGCCAGAUCCGGGUGUGAUUCCAGCAUCCAAGGAACGGUUGCUGCGUGUUCAAGACCUGAUAAUGCGGCAGGUGUUCAACAGCAUGGAAAGACAUCUGGAGAACUGGAUGGAUAUCUUUAAAAGGGUCGAUGAACGGCUUAUUGUAAAGAGUAUAGUGGAGCCUCAUGGAAGUUUAAUGUCGCUGAUUGAAUUAGGCAUGGAUUUAUAGAAACGAAUAUAACUGAGCUCUAUGACCGUGGGUGGU